UGCCUAAAAAAACAGCUUGAAUUGAACUAGAUAGAGGGACCGGGCCCUCUUUUUGGCAGCAUGAUAGCGGACUUUUAUUUUGAAGUCGAUUACGCCCUGUAGGCUGGAAGUUAACGUUGCUCAGGAGGAGGCGACACGGUGGACAACUGAACAGCGAAAAACAGUUUUAUGACUUUUCGACUCGACUAAAUCAGCCCUUUCCCGAAAUAUACCGGCGGUGAUUCGUAGCAGAAGAAUGCUGCGCUCUUCUUUCUUACAGAAACAGCUGAUCUCACUCUUGGACACGUUGGUUCAGGACGUGGUUGAUGAAAUUUGUGAACUUGACGACGUUUCUGUUUUGAAAUGUCGCGACGGAGCGCGGCCACCAGGCGACGGUGCCCAGUUCGAAAACACAGCCAAACUGCUGAGGGUCACUACCGCCUUGGAAAUGCUGACCAAGGAAACAGUCGACCACAUUAGCCGACUUUUCUGUCGACUGUCUGCUGGAGCUCAAGCCAAAGGUCAUCUGUCCUACUUAAAAAGACAGAAGUUGAAGAGAAGGCGGAUUUCAGCGGAAGCCAAGCUGGCAAAGAGGAGUUCAGUCAGGUCCAGGUCAACAGGAGGCCACGCUCAGAGUGCUGCAGCAGAUACAGCAGCGCAGGGGGAGAGAGAACUGAGUGAGGAAGACCUCGCUUCUCAAACUGAGAAAGUCAGUGGAGAAAUAGAUCCAUCUUGCUCCUCAUCAGAAGAGACAACGCUGGACAACUCUGUAGGACCUUCUUCUCAGACGGUGGAGGCUCCCCCUGUUCAGCAGAAGCCAGUGCUAAAGGUUGAAUUGGACCAUGAAAAGGAGCAAGUGAAACGUCAUGAGCAAAAAGAGCAAGUGGCACAUAAUCAAGGAGAGUCUGCUGUGAAGCCCAUCAGUAAAGAGAAUGGUGUGCAGCCAAACUGCACUCAAACAAACGGCUCCGACACACUAGAAAUCAAGAUUUCAGCACAGUCAUUAGAGUUGAACGUUGGCACAAAAGAAAACAAUGCUUCUCACGCACAGGGAACACCUCUGAGAGCAGGAAAGGCUUCAGCAAGCACCCAUAAGGAAACAUCAGCACAGAAGCUAAUUAAGUGUGAGGCCUGUAACAAGAUGUUCACUUACCUCAACAACCUGAAAAGACACCAGAAGACCUUCCACAGCGGACAGACACCACAUGCUUGCAAGGACUGCGGAGAACGUUUUGGCAGCAAACGGCUCCUCCGUGUGCACCUCAGAGAGCACAGAGUGGCCAAGCCGCACGUGUGUACUCUUUGUGAGAAGGUUUUUCGCCUGCCCAAUCACUUGAAGAAACAUAUGACCAGCCACACUAAUGAGAGACCAUUCACGUGCACCACCUGUGGCAAGACCUUUGCCUUGGUGAGCACCCUUAAAGCUCAUGAGAGGACCCAUACUGGUAAGAAGGCAUUCAUUUGUGCCCAGUGUGGCAUCAGUUUCCUUACAAAAUCCUACCUGGACUACCAUCAGCGAGUCCACACUGGAGAAAAGCCCUACACUUGUAUGCACUGUGGCAAAACCUUUGCCCAAAGGAGCAACCUCAGAGUGCACGAGAGGCUGCACACGGGCGAAAAGCCGUUUCACUGCGAAGACUGUGGUGAAAGCUUCGUACAUGCCAACAGCUAUAAAUCUCACAAACAGCUACACACAGGAGUGAAAGCUUUCUGCUGCGAGCACUGCGGCAAGGGAUUCCGCCGGGGAACACACCUCAAAACUCACCUGCUGACCCACACUGGAGUUAAACCAUUUGAGUGUGAUUUAUGCCCAAAGAAAUUCACACUCAAAGGCUCAUUAAAGGCCCAUAGGCUAACUCACACUGGAGAGAAGAGCUUUGUAUGUAACAUUUGCAGCAAGAGCUUUACGCAGGCUAGCUCUCUGGGAAAGCACAAGCGAACACACACAGGAGAAAAGCCAUAUCUCUGUGACUUCUGCAACAAGUCGUUCUGCCAAAGCAGCCAUCUUCAUUACCAUUAUCGGGCAUCUCAUUCUGGGGCAAAACCUUAGCUGAAGCUGCGAGAUAAAUUUUUACCCUAUAUACUUUUUACACUGCUUGAAUAUAUUUGAUUUGAUAACAACUUGUCCAUUUUUAAAGAUAAAUUUGUUUACAUGUAA